AUGGCUUUGGCUUGCGCUGGCAAGUACAAGGUCACCCUUGGAAAAUCUUCUCUUGUGAAUGGUAAAAUAGGAACUCAAGAUUCCGGAUCAAAUUUACGGGGGACAGAUUAUUCGGAUUUUCUCUUUCCAGUGAAUGAUGGUUUGAAUGCUGCCCAAGUUAACGAAAACCAGAAAGGCGCAGAUCUGUCGUCCACCACCAACAAUGUUCCAGUUCCUCCAAAUCCAGAGCUCACAAAUGCUCGAACAAUGAGAGGACAGCCAAUAAAGAGGAAAACCACCGACUUUGUUUCUGCACCUCCCUCAGAAAGACAAUACUGCACCGGUGUGCAGGAAGGUCUGUUUACAAGCUCGGGCCAUGGACUUAAAGGUAGUGGCUCUCACACGAGUUCACAGUUUGAAAGGAACUCGAAUCCCUCGUUUCUCUAUCAGAAAUUGAAAGGGAAUGACGCGGCCGUUACAGUUUUAGCCGUUGGGAGACACAAGCCCUUGGGAGACAGGGUGCUUGUUGUAACCAAGACAGCAGAGCAGAAGACCACGGGUGGUAUUCAGUCGCCUUCUACCGCUCAGACUAAGCCACAAGGAAGUGAGAUCCUUUCUAUUGAGAAGGGUAAGACCGUCGGAAAGGCCCAAGUCGAUGUUAGUUUGAAGACUGGUGCUCAAAUCAUUUACUCCAAAUAUGCCGGAACUGAAGUGGACUUGAAUGGAGUAAGCCAUCUUUUAUUGAAUGACGAUGUCAUUGUUGGUAUUCUCGAGACCGAAGAUGUCAAGGAUUUUAAGCCUCUGAGCGAACGCGUGUUAAUUAACGUUGAGGAGGCCGAGAAGGAAACUGCUGGUGGGUUACUUCUAACAGAGGAUAGCAAGGAGAAGCCCUCCAUUGGAACGUUUGUCCAUCAUGAGUAG